CUCUUCUUUAUAUAACAUCUCCCCCCCCCGCCGCCAACCACCAUCCUCCUGCCCACCAACUGCAAACCGCCAUCUCCCUGCCGUCGCAAGCAUGGCCGAUCGCUACAUUCCAGAACAUCGCCGCACCACAUUCAAAGCGAAGAGCGCCUUCAAGCCUGACGAGCUCCGCCGCCGCCGCGAGGAGCAGCAGGUUGAGAUCCGCCGCGCAAAGCGUGAGGAGAACCUCGCAAAGAGGCGUGGUAUCGCGGGUAGGGACCAGCCCGGUGCUGGCUUGGGCGCUGCUCCUGACAGCGAUGAUGAGGGCGGUAAUAUUGAAAACCAGCUCAACGAAGAGCUUCCCCAGAUGGUGAAGGGCGUAUUCUCGGACCAGAUCGACGAACAAAUUCAGGCCACCACCAAGUUCCGGAAGCUGCUUUCCAAGGAGCGAAACCCUCCCAUUGAGCGUGUCAUCGAGACCGGCGUCGUGAGCAGAUUCGUCGAAUUCCUUCGGUCACCGCAUACAUUGGUCCAGUUUGAGGCCGCAUGGGCUCUCACCAACAUUGCCUCGGGAUCUGCACAGCAGACCCAGGUCGUCAUCGAGGCCGGCGCGGUUCCCAUCUUCGUCGAGCUCCUCAGCAGCCACGAGCCUGACGUCCGGGAGCAGGCCGUCUGGGCGCUUGGCAAUAUCGCCGGUGACAGCCCAGCAUGUCGUGACUUCGUGCUCCAAGCCGGGGCCCUCCGCCCGCUCCUUGCUCUUCUUGGCGAUAGCCGCAAGUUGAGUAUGCUGAGGAACGCUACCUGGACCCUGAGUAACUUCUGUCGUGGAAAGACUCCCCAGCCAGACUGGCAGACGAUCCAGCCCGCCCUCCCAGUCCUUGCCAAGCUUGUGUACUCUCUCGACGACGAAGUUCUCAUCGAUGCCUGCUGGGCCAUCUCUUACCUGUCCGACGGUUCCAAUGACAAGAUCCAGGCUGUUAUCGAGGCCGGCAUUCCGCGGCGCCUUGUCGAGCUGCUUAUGCACGCCUCUACAUCUGUCCAAACACCUGCUCUGCGUUCUGUUGGGAACAUUGUAACUGGUGACGAUGUCCAAACCCAGGUUAUAAUCAACUGUGGCGCUUUGCCUGCCCUGCUGUCUCUUCUCAGCUCUACCAAGGAUGGUAUCCGCAAGGAGGCGUGCUGGACCAUCUCCAACAUCACCGCCGGAAACUCUACCCAGAUCCAGGCUGUGAUUGAUGCCAACAUCAUCCCUCCUCUCAUCCACCUCCUUCAAAAUGGUGACUUCAAGACACGGAAGGAGGCUUGCUGGGCCAUCUCGAAUGCUACUUCCGGGGGACUUCAGAAGCCAGCUCAGAUCCGCUAUCUCGUCCAGAGCGGCUGCAUUAAGCCGUUGUGCGACUUGCUUGCUUGCCCCGACAACAAGAUCAUCCAGGUCGCUCUCGAUGGACUGGAGAAUAUCCUCAAGGUUGGCGAAAUGGACAAGGAGUCUGGUGUUGAUGGAGCUGCUGGUGAACCCAUCAAUCGCUACGCACUCUUCAUCGAAGAAGUAGGUGGCAUGGAGAAGAUUCAUGAUUGUCAGAAUAACGCCAACGAGGAGAUUUAUAUGAAGGCGUAUAACAUCAUCGAGAAGUAUUUCUCCGAUGAAGAGGGUGAAGCUGGAGAUAUGGCAGAGGCAGCUCCUCAGAUCAACCAAGAUGGCCAUUUUGGCUUUGGAGCCCAGCAACAGCAACAGAACUUCAACUUUGCCAAUGGGGGAGACUCUAUGGAUAUGUGAGUGGUUUAAGGAAGCUGUAAACCCCUCCAACU